CCUGCUCAAGCAAUGCUUCUGAGCUAUGUCCUGGAUGGGAAGAAGGGAAGACUGGACUUUCCAAUAGGGAAGGCUGAGGAUUACACAAAAGUGAUCAAACAUGGAUGGAUACAGAGAGUGCCUUAUCUCCUAGCAUGGAUCAAGCCUGCCAAAUUCAGUAUUUCCAUUUCUCAUUCUGAAGAACAAGUGUAGGCCUCAGCCUUCCAACAACUUAGCCAUAAGGGGAAAAAAAGUAAGCAAAAAUUGAUCUACUAAGCAGACUUUUAAGUCACAGCUAUAAAUUCUGUUCUGUUUGGUUAAGGAACAUUUGUUCUGCCUGAAAUAGAAAGCGUUGCCUUUAUUUUUUGUCUUUUUCGUGAUAGUCAGAGUGGUGCUUCUAAGCGCAACUUUUCAUAGAGAUGAUGCCAUCUAUUGGCUAAUUGUGAUAUUACAAUUCGGAGGAAAAGUGGAGAGCCUAAAAAUUCACCUUUGGUACACAUAUUCACAUAUCAGCUAAACCAUGGUUUAUGUAAACAGUAUGGAGUCACCCAAAUGUGGUUUAUUAAACCAAAUGGCUGUAUUCAUACAGCACAUUGAUUCCAAACAAAGCACACUCUAUAUUAGUAAUCACAUACCUUUAAUUAAUUAAUUUUAUUUAUUAUAUUUACAUGCCACCCAUCUUGCGGUUCCAGGAAGUAAUACGUUAACUAUGGCAUCAAGUCUGCUUGGUUAUAAGAACGCUUGUGUAUUUUAAGUCACUUUGAAACACCAGGGCUUGGAUCUUCUAAAACCCAACAAAAAUGCAAGAAUAAUAGUGUGUCUAAGGUCAGGCUCUGGUCUGAAGUUUCCCCAUAAAAUCAAGAAAACCCCAUUCAAAAAUUAACAGCUUCUUCCUGGGAUGCCGUACGAGGGGUAAAUUUAUAUUCUCCGAAGAGCAACUGGCGGAAAAGGACGUGCCCUCCCGAGUCUCUGGGGUUCCUUUAGAGAUCUAUCUAUCUGCUCCUUAAGGGUCGAAAACGACUAAAGGCGGAUAAUCAACAGAGUCCCGGGAGCCACCGGCUCAGCCUAGCCAGACGACCGAGCGAUCAAGAUCCUUCCCAGCCUGCCUGGAAUCCGAAGCGCCGCCGGAUCCGCGGCCUCUCGUCUGGGUGAACCUUCCAACGCCCAGCCGCUCGACACUGCGCGGCGUUGCAGCUAGUCGGGGCUGAGCGAAGCAGCUGCACCCGCCUCGCCAGCCCAACCAGCACCUGGCCGGCGCGGGGCAGCGCAGAGGAAGCCUCCCACGGCUGAGCAGAGCGGGCGAAGGGAGCUCGGCGGCGGCGGCCCAGGAAGCCCGGUCGCCGUCCCCGUCCGGGGCCAGGCGGAGCCAGAGCCGCGGAGGAGGAAAGAGGAGGAGCGGGUGAGAGGUCGGCCAGCUCCGGUCGCCCAUAGAGACGAAGGAGUCCCGAGUGGCGAGGAGGGCGGAGGCGUGUGGGGGCUCCGAGGAGGGACCCGCGGACGAUUUGCCAAAAGCCAAGUACACUAUUUGUGGUGGAAAAAGGAUUGGAAGCCAGAUUUCUGGUGCUUUAAAAGUCCAAGUGUUCCUGUUCUUUGAAGGGCUUGGAAGAGUUAGCUGAGAAUGUCUAGCAAAACGUCUGGCACAACAAACAACAUAGCUCAAGCAAGAAGAACUGUCCAGCAGUUGAGAAUAGAAGCAUCUAUAGAAAGGAUAAAGGUGUCAAAGGCAUCAGCAGAUCUAAUGUGCUACUGUGAGGAACAUGCCAGGAAGGAUCCUUUACUAAUGGGCAUACCUGCUUCAGAAAAUCCCUUCAAGGAUAAAAAAACCUGCAUUAUUCUAUAGGCAAAGCAGCAAGAUGCCUUCAAAACCUUCCCCUGCAAAACCAACCUAGCCAAUUCUUAGAGAAGUAACCUGAAGGUCACCUGGUAGCCAUUGCAUAAAACAGCAACUUAUUUCCACCUUGUGUAUGAAUGAACUUUUAAGUUUCCUUGAGUGUUUGUUUGUCCCAUCCUAAAUGCCAGGCAUACAGUUCUAAAAGUUACUUCUUGCAAAAUGGAAGGUUUCUACAAAUGUUGUUAGACAUGGAUUCUGUUGGCUUUGUUGGGUUGAACCGGGCUGGGCUGGGCUGGGAUAGGCUUGAUUUUAAAAUGCAGUGAGUGUUCACAGAUCCAAGGAUUGAACUAUCAAGACCAAAGUUGCCUGAGCUUCAUUUACAGAGUAGUGAGGUAGACAAGCCUAGAGUGCUAAUCAAGCUUUCUUUUGCAUUUGAUUUUAUACCAGUGUGUACCUUGUAUAUGUAAAUGGAGUCUAUAUCUAGGUUGUGUGCAUAUGUUUGUUUAGAUGUAUAGACACAUUCCAGAGUGCAUUCUUUAAGGGCACUCUUCAGAGUUUAUUGAUGCAUUUAUUGGUAGGAUUUCUGCAGUUCAUGCUUUCACUAUUUAGUAUAUCUUAAGCUCUCAAAAAUGUCUUAAAAACCUACACAUUUGUACAUACCAUAAAUUCUGAUUCUCAAAAGAGUUUUGAAAAGCGACAUCUAGCUCCUUUAAUCUAUCUUUUAUUUCCAUUGAAAUGUAGACUACACUAAAUUCAUAUUGAUUGUGAUAAUGGUGUCUAAAAAUUUCUCCUCCUUUUCUUUUUGUCUUUUAAGAGGAAUUCUGUCCUUUGCCUUUCCUACACAGUUUCUAAUGAACUGAUUUUUGGAAGCUUUCAGGCUUUUUUUUUCAGUUUGAUCCCAAAUGUACAUUUCAUAAAUGUCAAAGAAUCACUAAGUAGGAAGAGAGACUCCGAGUGAAAUCUAUGGUGCUACUGCUUCUGCACAAGGCCUAUUAAAAUCAGUGGUUGUGCUAAAUAAAUGCUUGAAGGGUUAUAGCAGUUCUCAGCAGCAGCAACCAAUCUUUUCUGUAUGUUAACAUUAUUAAUGAAUUUGGGUACCGUUCAUGUGGUAAUGAGAUGCUGAAUAGAAAGAAGCAACACUGAUACAUUUUAAGCCAGGAGUAUGCAUCUCUAUUCUGUUUGUUUGGCCUUUUAAUUUUUAUUGUAAUAUUAUAAUCUGCCAUAGCUCUGUAUUUUGAAGAUGGAUUAAUUGUAGCUUUUUGUUGUUGUUCCUCAAGAAGGGAAAAGAAUUGCCCCAUAUAUAAAGGCCCUCAAACACACGGUUAGAUUUCCUUCAUAGAAACUUUAGCAUGGAGUGCAAAGUCAACCAAUAGUGCUCUCCCAGAAGCAAUCAUUUUCAACCAGCCAAGGGACACCCCCCCCCUUCAAAGAUUUCUUCCUAUUAGAAGACCUAGACUUCCAUAGUGUUUGUAUCUGCUUGGUGACAGCUAAACACAUACUUGGUUUCACCGUAACUGUAUUGAGAAGCUACCUGCAGAGCUGGUAAGCCAAAGUCCCUACCCAACUUACUGGUGCUCUUCACUGCAUUAAUCAAGCUGCUUGUGGAGAACUGUAUUAAUGCUGCAUGCUGCUGUAUUGAUACUGUACUUCUUUUUGCCUUCAUGUUCCCAAGAUAUAAAUUUAACACAUUUUAAAAACUAAAAUAGCUUCCUAAAGAUAGCAUGGAACUGAUAACAAAACCACACUUCUGCAUUGAUUUUCCUUAUUUUACAUCAGUCUGCUCAUCACUUAAUCAAUAUGCAAUUAAUUAAUUGGAUUAGCUGGAAUUUGGUGCCAUCUUAGUUGCUAUCAUAAUUUAAAACAGUGUCUUUUCUGAUACCAAAUCUUAAGUUCUUAUCCCCAAAUCAUGAGAUGACCUAUCUUUUGGUUUGUUUCAAGAUAUUGGACAGUGGUUGAUUUGUCAGCUAUAUAAAUCUGCUUUAUAAAGAAUGAUCCUUGCAACUAUUAGUCCAUGGCAACAACAACAUGGGUUAACUUGCAUUUCUGUUAAUUGUGUUGAACCAGAUAGUAGUUAGCUUGUAUUAUGAUCUUAACAUAAGAAGUAAAAUCCAGCAGAAAAGGUCAAUCUAUGUUUGACUUUGCUACAUGGAAGUGGUUAAUUCAUACCAGUACAUGGUCCUCUUGUGUAAAGAUCAUGUAUCUAAGCUCAUACAUGAUGGCCAUAAAGUAUUGAAGCUCUCUCAAGUGUCAGAGUUGAUACUCAUUGCAAUAAGCCUAUAAUAAAUGAGGAUAGACUGCACUGGCAGGCCUAUCAACUCUAAGAGAGUCGGUAUAAUUAUUUGUAAUGAAUACAUUGGUAUUGCCAUUAGUAAAUGGACACCUGAACAUUAUAUUACUUGUAAAAGCUGAAGUUGAUGCUGGACAUUUUCUCACCCAUCACCAACCCAACCGGUUUCCUACAAAUCCUAUCCCAAAUAUCAGUAUUUUUAAAAACAAUUAGAAUGUUGCUCUUUUUAGACCUAUUCUCAUCAGAUGAAUGCCGUUUAAAAAAUUCUUGAUGCGUUCAUCAAUUUUAUAUUUUCAUAAAAAUGAAUAUGCUAUUUAAAUGAUUGUGAUCAUUUUUAAUGAAUUCAGUAUAUAUACAGUAUAUACAGUAUAUAUAUAUAUAUAUAUAUAUAUAUAUAUAUACACAUACAC